AUGCCCGCCUCACAAGAUAGUACGCCAAUACCGUUGGGCGUGGUCGCUUCCAGGCGCAAUGCUAACACCGAUGGCUAUUCUCCCAUAAGCCGUCGUUACCUCGUUGAAAAUACCCACCUCUCAGCCCCCAUCAAUCCUCCACUACCACCCAUCUUCGCCCUGAGCACACCAACAAAGCCUUGCCACGCCGGUGGAACCCUAACACGCCACCUUACCGCCAGCUCUGCCGCUAUCUACUUGCCGGCCACUACGCCUCCAAUUCCAAUCGAUCUCGAGCUUCACUCGAGCUUGUAUACUGGAGCGAAGCUCCACAAUUUCGUUAGUGCAGAAAUCAAUCCAGUGCUAAAUGUCUUCUUGAACCCGUCAACGCCCAUCCGCAACGGAUCCUUUCAUGGACAAUCUCAUUAUAUUGCUAGAGGCAUCAUACCAGCGUUAUACGUUUCUGACUGGAGCACAGGAAGAACGUCAUUACGCGAGAUGCGUUUAUUCUACCUAUCUUUCCCGGACCCCCUCCCUAGCGCAAAAAGGGACGCGGAAGAUAGGGGCGUCGAAACACGUGACGGCAUUUUGGUUGUCGCAUCCUUCUACUUCUCUGUAUCGCUUUCAGUGAUUUCCUUGCACAAGAACGGAAGCCGAGACUCCACGUCGAUGAAGGGAGAACAAAGCGCUGUGAUGUCGCCAACCGAUGUCCCAGAAGGCGACUCCCAAACCCGGGACCGUCUGCCUUUUGUGCCUACUUGCCAGCCGCCGUCUUUGACAUCUAGCCUGGGCCUUCUCAAGGGCCCAUUCUCGGAAGAUGCUUACGGACCUCUCUUACACGCAGGACGGAUACUUUGGCUUGCAAGAGUGCCCGGUUGCAGUCCGACCGUGAGGUAUUCGACGUCGCAAGGUCUCGACAACAGAUGCUCGCGAUUCAUCGCUCAACCUCACAUAAUUUCGGCUGCGUCGUAUCCCUCAGGUUACUCAAGUGGCUCUACUAGAACGACCCAUCGCUUCAUGGCAGAAGUGACCACCCACCUAUCCGAAUUUCGAGAGGCGAAGGAGUUGGUGCAGGUAGUGGCCGAUGCUUUUGAAGCCCACUCUCAGUUGUAUUCCAAGUGCAAUGUUCUCCACAAAAAUGUUAACGACAACACGAUAUUGAUACUCUAUGCCACUGGUCGGGGAGUGUUGGCUGACUGGGAUCAAGUGACGAGAGAACACGGAAUCGGCCAGCCAGCAAGUUCAGAGAGACAGGCUGGGCCGGCCCGGCGAAAAACCACCAGUCCUGCCGAAGAGGCCAAAAGACAUUCUUAUCGCACUGGCACUUGGUAUUAUCUGUCGUCGAGGCUUCUUGACGUGCCGUUUAAAUUACACACCGUUCAAGACGACAUUGAGUCCUUUUUCCAUGUCCUGUUCUACUACUGCCUGGAAUUCGUCCAUCACAACCGAGGCGACGACGAAGUCAAGUGCAUAAUCAACGAUGUCUUCGAGGAAUCCACUUAUGAUCCCGUCCUGGGUUAUCACCAAGGCGGAAAGGGGAAGAGACUCAUGUUCUUGAUACAUCGACACUUCAAGCCGGUCGGGUUCAACUUUCCCAACAACAGCCCCCUUAUGGACUGGAUUCGCGGAACGCAUUCAGCUCUCCGACAAUACUACGUGUACCUUCAAAACACAGAGGACGGUGACUCUGGAGCAGAUGACCUCCCUGGGGUGUCUAGCAAACCACCGCCAUUUGAGUCUCUUGCUAUCUAUGAUCACACCUAUCUCCGUAACCUCUUCGCCACGUCCCUCGCUCAGAAUACCUGGUCGCGCGAGCGCAAGGGUGUUAUCGUCACGAAGCGCUCCCGUCCACGUGUGACCAGGGCAAGCAGCAAAAACACUUAUGACCGAGAUGAUUGUGAAGACCUUCCUCCUACACCCUCCAAGCGCGCAAGAACAGACCGAUUUAUCCUCCCAACGAAGACACCGUCAUAG